UCCUUUAAUUUCCCCUCCGACUACCAGCCAUCACGCGCUCCAUUUCAAAACACUGACUGGCUUUUGAUUGCGUCUUUUCUUCUCCCAGAAGGUUCAUCCUCACAACUCUGUCAGAGACUUGCACGUAUGUCUUGACAACUUGACGAUCCAACUUUGCACAUUCGAUCACGAUGAGGUGGUUUACUUGGAGACGAACCGUUGUCUCUUGUCUCUUAUCGCUAUGCUGUGCGGCUGAACUUGAAACGCGACAGAGCUCCAAGGGGUCAGCACAGUUACCAGCCAACGAUGACUUCAUUAGAAGAUCGCUACUGUCAGUUGCUGUCCUUGGGGACUAUGUCUAUAUCGAUGGCGGAGAGGUUGGUUCCGAACUGGAUAAGUCACGGUCAACAGCCGUCAGUCUCACCCUUUCAAUACCGCUAGACGAAUCUUGGACAAACGAUACAGUCGUCUUCACUGAGAGUGAGAAAGGGCCAUCGCCAUGUCUGAAACAACCAGCUCUUUGGGUCGAUGACGAACGAUCAACCAUCUACUCAUGGGGCGGUCAAGGAUCUUACAAUAAUGCCUCGGCAGCUGGAGACCACCAUUUAUAUGCCUUUGAAAACGAUAGUGAUGGCAAGGGAAGCUGGUCAAUACACGAUCCUGAAGACGACACUUUGUUCAGCUCACUUUAUCGAACUGUGAGAGGAGCUUACACCACUUGCCACGGUGUUGGAUACUAUCUUGGUGGCUAUGGUGAACGUAGAACUGAUGACAGGUUUACUGACGGAAGCUAUGUUGAACGGCCACUUGAUGGACUGCUGACUUACAACAUGACGACCCAAAAGUGGACGAACGAGUCAACUAAAGCACUGGACUAUGCGACUUGGUCCGGGAAGGCUACCUGUAUACCUUCCAUCGGUUCAUCCGGAUUAUUGAUAUUUAUGGGAGGCGCAAAGGUCAAGAUGCCUGCUUUUGGGAACGUGUCGGACCCAGUGUCCUUCACCAACAUUACCAUAUACGAUCCCAGCUCCAAGGAAUGGUACUACCAACAGACUUCAGGUGUCUCUCCAGAUCCUAGAGUUGAAUUUUGCUCUGUCGGAGUACAAGGACCAAACAGCACAUAUGAGAUAUUCAUUUAUGGAGGCUGGAACACGUGGAAUGAUAAGACGAAAUCCUUCGACGAUGUCUGGGUUCUAUCGCUUCCGGCUUUUAAGUGGUUCAAAGCAGAUGUUGAGGGCCCGAAGCGAGGAAUGCAUGGAUGUGCUCUUGUUGGAAAGCGUCAGAUGCUGAGUAUAGGUGGCAACAAAUGGGGCAAAGAUGAAGGUUGGAGAGACAAGGAUCCUUGGACACAAGGAAUUGGGAUUCUCGAUUUGCCGAGUUUGACUUGGUCUAGUGAGUAUGAUGCGGAUGCUCAAGAGUAUGAGUCACCAAAGGUUGUGAGGGACUGGUAUCAGCGCGGGAAUAAGGUCAAGUGGGAUAACGAUGAUGUUACCAGGCUCUUUGCUUCAAUGUCAGCGACAACGCCAGGGUCAACAGACGGCAGAAUACUGAACCCAUAUUCUAGUGAUUCAUCUUCGACGCCAGUUGGAGCCAUUGCAGGCGGUGUCGUCGGCGGCGUAGCUGGUAUUGUGGCUCUUAUUGGCGUUUGGCUAUGGAUGCGUCGUCGCAAGAGAAAUACCAGUAAACAGCCUCCAGAAGCAGGAGAUGGAGGGGACACGAAGCAAUGGGGCAAAGCGGAGCUCUCGGCCGACAAUUCGAAGCAGAGCGGGCUGCAAGAGUUGGAAAGUAACCAGGGUCCUGCUGAGUUACCAGUAGCCACUCCGCCUCUCGAAAGAAAUGGACAGACACAGCGACAUGAGCUGGAGGGCUGAAACUCGAAUUGUAGUCACAAGUAUCGUAAUAUGGCCAAUGCUAUGUUACAUCAUGGAG